AUGCUAGUAGGCAAGGUGUUUAGUCUGCACAACACCACCUACCUCUGCCCGGGAAACAGCACAGACACCAACGCUCACCUGCUUAUGGCCAAGAAAGUCAUCUUCACGUUUUGCCCCGUUCUCCAGGUGUUUUUACAGGGGAAUAAUUCGGACCAGCCAGACAUUACUCUUUCUGGAUCGUUUUUUGAACAUGAGUUCAAGGUCACCACCAGCAGUGGCAUCCUAUUGGCCGAAGUAGGUCGCGACUUGUUCUUUCGGAAAGACGAAAGGAAAGGCGGAAGAAUGGAGUCGCAGAUGCAAGUGCCGCGGGUGCAGCCGUACGUGGUGGUUGGAUCACAGUACUGCGCACCGUACGAGACUGUUCUUGUAAUGAAGGACAAGAUAUUCUCCGUCCGAGACGCCAAGGAAGUGCGUGAUGCCAACAACCAGCUGCAAUUCAGGAUCGCUGAUAAACUUCUUUCCAUCCGCGACAGAACCACCAUUCAGAACGCCAUGGGCGAGUCUGUGUGCACCAUAGUUAGCAAGCUGCUUUCCCUGCGUGACACAGCGUACCUUUGCCCAGGGAACAGCACGAAUACGGACAACUAUCUGCUCAAGGCCAGAAAGUCCAUUCUGAGCUUUAAGCCAGUGCUGAAGGUCGACUCUCUUAGCGCAUGUAGUCAACCACAACCCCUUGUUCUAUAG